AUGAACUCUACCCAUCACCAUGGAAUGCACACUUCUCUCCACUUCUGGAACCACAGCACCUACGGACUGCACAGCAAUGCCAGUGAGUCCCUUGCAAAAGGCUACUCGGACGGAGGGUGCUACGAGCAACUUUUUGUCUCUCCUGAGGUGUUUGUGACUCUGGGUGUCAUAAGCUUGUUGGAGAAUAUUCUGGUGAUUGUGGCAAUAGCCAAGAACAAGAAUCUGCAUUCACCCAUGUACUUUUUCAUCUGCAGCCUGGCUGUGGCUGAUAUGUUGGUGAGCGUUUCCAACGGGUCAGAAACCAUUGUCAUCACCCUACUAAACAGCACGGACACGGACGCACAAGGUUUCACAGUGAAUAUUGACAAUGUCAUUGACUCGGUGAUCUGUAGCUCCUUGCUUGCAUCAAUUUGCAGCCUGCUUUCGAUUGCUGUGGACAGGUAUUUUACUAUCUUUUAUGCCCUCCAGUACCAUAACAUCAUGACGGUUAAGCGGGUCGCGAUCAUCAUCAGUUGUAUCUGGGCAGCUUGCACGGUGUCGGGCAUUCUGUUCAUCAUUUACUCAGAUAGCAGCGCUGUUAUCAUCUGCCUCAUCACCGUGUUCUUUACCAUGCUGGCUCUCAUGGCGUCUCUCUAUGUCCACAUGUUCCUCAUGGCCAGACUUCACAUUAAGAGGAUCGCCGUCCUCCCAGGCACUGGCACCAUCCGCCAAGGUGCCAACAUGAAGGGGGCGAUUACCUUGACCAUAUUGAUUGGGGUCUUUGUUGUCUGCUGGGCCCCCUUCUUCCUCCACUUAAUAUUCUACAUCUCUUGUCCCCAGAAUCCAUACUGUGUGUGCUUCAUGUCUCACUUUAACUUGUAUCUCAUCCUGAUCAUGUGUAAUUCCAUCAUUGAUCCUCUAAUAUAUGCACUCCGGAGCCAAGAACUGAGGAAAACCUUCAAAGAGAUCAUCUGUUGCUAUCCUCUAGGUGGCCUCUGUGAUUUGUCUAGCAGAUACUAA